AAAUAAAGGUGUCCAGUGACUGAAUGACUGUCUGAUUGAUAAUUAUCUUCAUCAUCAUGUCUUUUGCCUUCCCCACUGGAGCAUGGGACAGCCACAUCCACUGCUUCGACCCUGAGCGUCAUCCUUUCAAGGAAAAUCGAGCGUAUACUCCACCACCAGCAACCUUGGACAAACUCCUACAGCAGAGUCAAGUCGAUCGCUUGAUGCUGGUGCAGGCCUCUGUGGAGAAUGGCUUUACUGGAAUAUUAAGCCAUAUUACGCGAUGUCGGCAACAAUCCCCCCACAUGACUAUUCGCGGUACAAUAUGCAACGAGCCUGGACUCUCCCAGGUAAGCGAACAGGACUUUGAUCGUCUCCAUGAGAUCGGAAUCAGAUCCAUCAGACUACAUGGCACUUAUGGGAUGGAUGGAUGUGAUUUGGUCUCUGUCAAGGAGACACUUGAAGAGUUGUCGCAGUGCAUCGGCAUCACCAAGCAUGGAUGGACGAUAUCUGCCCAGCUGCCUCUACCAACAUGGGCAGCCCUGAAGGAUUUCAUCAUCCACUCUCUAAUCCUGGCCAAUGUUACAUUCAUCGCCGAUCACAAUCUCUCGGCGACUCCAGACGAUAUUGACAGUGUGGCGUUGGAUGCGGUGGUGGAAUUGCUGAAGGCUGGGAAGCUGUAUGUCAAGGUCUGCGCUCUCUACCGUCGCAGUGAGGACAUCAGCCAGAUGAAGCAGAUUGUCCAGAUGUAUGCCAAUGCUGCUCCACGAUCUCUGCUUUGGGGAAGUGACUGGCCUCAUGUGAGCACCAAAAAGAGGGCGACAGUAGUGGACAUCAACAAGGAACUGUUGGCACUCCAAGACUGGCUGUCUGAAGAACAAUGGCAGCAGAUGUUGGUAGAGAACCCAGAGACAAUAUAUACUUGA